AUGGCCACCCGCUCGGCCAGAGGCACUGGGACCCUUGCAGCCGCCGGCUCCACACAGUGGCCAGAGCCACAGGGCCUGGCGCUCCCCACGGUGGGCCGUCUGUGCUGCCCCGACACGGCCGACCGAGGCGGCGUCAGCACCCGGCCCGGGUGCCCGUUCUCCGGGCAGUCUGACAGGGGACGGGGACAGACGGCCACCCGCUUUGCCCGUCGUGCUGGGCCGCCCGGCCCCUCAGACACCCCAGCCCGCUUCCGGAACCAGAAGAGGCGUCUGGUGUGUGGUGGCCCUGUCGUCACGCAUUGUUCUCCGUCCCCUGCCUCCAAUGACGUGGCCUUCACCUCUCAGAUGCACGUGGGUGACAGCCAGGCCCCGGCCAGCCGGACGGUUUGGCAUCCGAUGCACCCUGUCUCUGUCUACACGAACGGAACCGUGUUUGCCACCGACACCGACGUCACGUUCAUGGCUGUUACCAAGGAAACUGGUCCGCUGGAGUUCGCGUGGUAUUUCGGAGAAGACGCCCCGGUGAGGACGACUUCCAGAAGCAUCCGGAGACGGCUCGCUGCCCCUGGGCGGUACUGCGUGGUGGUCCAGGCUUCCGGCGCGAAGGGCAGCGUGGCCUCGGAGCCCCGCUACAUCUGGGCGCAGGCGAGGGUCGUCCCCAGCCGGCUCGUGUCCACCUCCUCGGCGCUGGUGAACACCACUGUGGCCUUUCAGUGCAGAAUCAACUUCGGCACCGACGUGGCCUUCCUGUGGGACUUUGGGGACGGCACCACGGGCCUGGGGAACAGCUCUGCCAGUCACAUCUACUCUAGGGAAGGGGAGCUCACGGUGCAGGUCCUGGCCUUCAACCACGUCAGCAGUGCCUCCCUGCAGAAGCAGCUCUUUGUAGUGCGCACGCCCUGCCAGCCGCCACCGGUGACCAGCCUGGGGCCCAGGAAGGUGCAGGUGUGGAGGUCUGAGCCUGUGACGCUGGGCGUGGCCUUUGAAGCCGCCAUUCUCUGCGACAUCUCCCGAGGCCUUUCCUACACCUGGAGCCUCAGGAACUCCGCGGGGCUGGGGGUGGCCCUGCCCCCCGCCGUCAGCACGCACCGGCAGACCCUCGCCAUCCCCGGCUACUUUCUGGAGCCCGGGAACUACACGGCGCUGGCCAAGGUGGGCAGGGGGCCGACGAUCGUGGAGGUGCGAGCCAGGGCCCCCGUCAGCGUCAUCUCCGAGGGCACGCACCUGCUCGUCGCCAGGAGACCCUCGGCCACCGUCGUGCUCCGCGGGUCCCUGUCCUACGACCCGGACAGGCCUAGGGCCACCCUCAGGUAUCACUGGAAGUGUACCCCAGCCAGCAGCCCCGGGCGCCCCUGCUUCAAGGGGCCCUCUCCACGCAGCCUGCACGUGGGCGCGCCCACCCUCUCCUUUGCGGCAGAUUCUCUCAGCCGCAGCUACGACCAGUUUCUCGUGACGCUGGUGGUGUCCAGCGAAGGCCGCAACUCUUCAGAGGCGCAGGUGUUCCUGUCCACCCGCCUGGACUCAGCGCUCAGGUUCGUCCACGUCGCCUGGGUGCGCUUCCGAGCCCUGCCCGUCAACUGGAACGACGAGCUGUCCCUUCGGGCCGCGUGCGCGGACUGCGGCGACACAGCGGGCCUGUCCUACUCCUGGGACCUCUUCGUGGUCAACGCCACGGAAGGCAGCCGCGCGGAAGUCCCCUUCUGCAGAGCGGUGGGGCUGCUGGGCUCCGCGAGGCUCGGGGCCACGUCGCAGGUGUCAGAGUCCGCUCGGCUGUCCGUGGGCCCAAGCAGCACCAGUCCCCAUGACACGCCCACACCGUCCUCCCGCGAGCUGUGGCCACAGAGCCCGGGCUGGCCGGACCGUUCGGCUGCGGGGACAGCCUCCACGGAGUCCAUGGUCACCACGCACUGGGUCCCUGCUGCUGGCGUCACUACGGCCCCGGGGGACGCUGCCUGGGACGAAGGGUCCCCGGGGCCCAGCCCUCCUGAGAGGACCCUGCCUUCCGCCGCCCCUGUGGAUUUCGAAGCCUAUUACAGUGACAUCGAGGAAGCGGCGCCGUCCGGAGGAAGGUGGCCUGGGACCAGUCUGCGCCUCCCGGGGCCAGGACCCAGUGCCAGGGCUGAUGGGAGCCUCGGUGACGGGGACAACCUGGUGGGCCCCGUGCUCCCCACCGCGGGCGCCAGGCCUGGCCUCCUGGUCAACUGGCCCAAGGCCCCGGUGGCCCGUGCUGUUUUCCGGGGCUACACCACGUCCGGGAUCACGGGACAGACGGUGACGAUAAAGCCGUAUUCGCUGAGCCCUGGAGAGACGUAUGUCCUGCAAGCCUCUGUGGCUUCAAACCACAGCUUCCUCGGGAAGGCGCAGCUGUACUUGACCGUCAACCGGGCCCCGCGGGACGUGGCCUGCCAGGUGCAGCCCCACCAGGGCCUCGAGGCACACACCACCUUCGGUGUCUUCUGCACGUCGGGGGCACAGGACCUUCGCUACGAGUUCAGCUACCAGGCGGGAAGUGCCCCCAAACGCAUCCUUUACCGCGGGAGAGACACCCAGCGUUACUUCACGCUGCCGGCCGGCGAGCCCGUGGACGGCUUCCGAGUCCUGGUGUCCAUCCGGGUGGCAGACGGCGAGGGCGCCCAGGGGCGGCCGUGCGUGGUGGCCGUGACGGUGCUUCCACGUUUCCAUGGGCACCACUGCCCCGGCGAGGACCUGUACAAUUCCACCCUGAGAAACCUGUCCGCGCUCCAGCUGACGGGCAGCCACACGGAAGCGAGGGACUACGUCGCCGUGGUCGCCAGGGUCCUGAGCCGCUGGGCGCAGGAGGACGGAAGCCCCGCGUGUGCAUGGUGGUCACCAGUGCGGGACACGCUCAUCGCCUCGGUGUGCGGGUUAGCUUUCCAUGACCAGGAAGACACGGUGCAGGAAGACAGGGCGGAGACCGUCCUCACCCUGAGGGACCUCAUCCGCUUCCCCACUCCGCUAAGCUUCGCGAGCGCCCGGCUCGUCCUCGAGUUCGCCCGGACGCUGCUGGCCCCCGGCCCGCGCGCGGGGGGCUUCGUCACGGACAGCGGCCACGUGCGGGAGCUCCUUCUCCUCCUGUCCGGGCUCCUGGGUGCCACCGCCCGCGAGCCGUCCAGGGACCUGGACCGCCUGCGUGAAGAAGGGGUCAAGGCCAUCUCGGACGUGCUGGUGGCCGGUGAUGUCGCCCGCUCUCAGGGGCCCUGUCCCCCAGGCCGGUGGCGUCGCCCGCUCUCAGGGGCCCUGUCUCCGCAGGCCGGCGUCGUUGUCACCCUCUUGCUGCAUCGCUGCUCCAGCAGGAGACCCGUCCGCAGACACCGGCUGAGGACGCCCGUGACCGUGGAGUUUGGGGACCACAGUGGCCUGGGCGGCGGGGGCCGGGAGAGGGCGUUCGUGUUGCCGAGGGGCAGAGUGAAUUCCCACCGGUUCGCUGGGCUGUCUGGGCGCCGCCAGGAGUCGCUGUGGAUCAGGAUAGAAUUUCCGAAGCCGGCCGCGAGAGCGUUCCCCGUCCUGCUGCUGGCCAGGUGGGCGUGGGUGACGGUCGGGGCAGGCGACGCCACCUCGGGGUAUCUGUCCCUGCUGGACGCCGACUUCGACAGGAGGCCUGCGAACCCGCAUUUGGCGAGGGCCGUGAACUACACCGUGCGUUUCCAGGCAGCCCGCUGCCUGCUCUGGGACACGGGCGAGUGGGCGUCCGGGGGUCCCUGCCCACAGCCAGGAACUUCCCCGGAGAGAGUGAGCUGCAGCUACGACCGCCUGGCCACGUUCGCCGUCGCGAGAAGGAGCCUGAACCCCAGUUUCGAAGCGAGUGACGUUUCCGCGUUUCAGAGCACACCGGCGUCCUGCGUCCAGCACUGCGAACGCCCCGUGUCUUCAUUUCAGGUGUACAUGGUUUUGUGUGGGGAAAACGGCCAUUCGGGGCCCAGAGAGCUCCACUGUCCGGACCGGGCCCUGUUCCAGAGGAACUCCAGAACCACGUUCAUCCUCAGCACCCCAGCCCCGCUGGGCCUGCUCCGGAAGAUCCGCCUGUGGCACGACAGCCGCGGGCCCUCGCCCGCCUGGUACGUCAGCCGCGUGAUGGUGGGGGAGCUGCUCGCAGGCCCGGGACGGAGCUGGCUCUUCCCCGCCGAGUGCUGGCUGGCCGCGGACAGGCAGGACGGCCGUGUGGCGCGGGAACUGGCCUGCCUGCGCCAGGGCCUCGGCUUCUGGAAGCUUCUGCGCUGGAGGUUCGCGGAGCUCCUGGAGGACUUCCACGUGUGGGGCGCCCUGCACAGCCCGCCCUCCGGCCGGGGCCUGCCGCUCAUGCCUCGCCUCGGCGUCACCUUCACCGUGCUGUGCGCCCACGCCUGCCUGGCCGCCCUGGUCACGGCCGCUGGACCCGAGCAGCUCCCGCUGGGCGUCGGCCCCCCUGGUGUCCCUCUGGGGGCCCUCGGUUCAAGUUUCCUGUGCACGCUCCUGGCUUCCCCCGGGGCGCAGCUCCUGUCCCUGCUCUUCAGGCGUGGCGAGGAAGCCAGCACGCCGUCCGGAGCACAGCCACGCCGGACCCCAAGAGGGAUGCCCAGCGAGGCCGCUCAGGGUGAGUGUGCACCCACGAAGCUCAAGGGGCUCGUCUGCUCGUUUGAAAGUCGCAGGGAGAUUGGCCUGGCGGCUUUGGCCUUCGCUUGGGAGAGGAAGGACGAUGAGUACUUUUUCACUGCAUCUUUGCACGAAGCCACCAAGGCCCUGGGUGCUGAGCUGGAGGGACUCUCCAGGCCCCGCAGGCCCCGCUCUGCCGGCUGCGACGUGCCCGAGCUGGAGGAGGCCUUGGCUGCACGACAGCGAGCACGCCGCCUGCGCUGGGCACGGCCGCCGUCCACGGCCCAGCUGAGAGUCGUCCGCGGGAGGAUGAGGAGAGAGGCCCGGGAAGACGCUUGCGCGUACGCCCUCAUGCUGCUGCUGCAUUUGCUGAUAGUGCACGGGAGGUUCUCCCGGGAUGAACGCGCGCUCAACCACGCCGUCCGCGACGCGUUUACGAGCCACCGGCACAGGCACCGCCGUCUCCGCCGCGUGCCGGCGCAGUUCUGCCAGCAGCCUGGAGCUGUUGGGGGCACGUGCCACCUGAUGGGCUCGCUCGUCAUCAGGCAGCUGAGAGGCGCCCCCGGCCGUCCACGUGAGCUUCCUGGGCCGUUUUCAGCUCUGGCCGAAGACUCUUUUUCUCCGUGUUGCCCCAAAGCUGGAGGCCCCGAAGCCCCCUCCGUGACAGACCCAGAGAUGCGGAGAGGAGCCCCGAGUGCCACCGGGGGCUGCAGGCUGGACUGCGAGCUCGGCCUGGGCAGGACGAGGUCCACAGCCCUCGCCGCCCUGACCCAGCUCAGAGCCCGCCGGUGGAUCGACGGCGGCACCAGGGCCAUCUCCGUGCACUUCGCCCUCUACAACCCGCCAACCCACCUCCUCGCCAGCGUGUCCGUGCACGCUGAGACGCGCCCCGCGGGGGACCUCGCACUCUCCGCCCUGGUGGAGUCGGUGGCCGUCUUCCAUGGAGUCUCAGUCUGGGGGCACCUGCUCACGCUCCUCGAGGUAAGUCCACUGGCCCCGGCCACUCGCCUGUGUCUGGCCUUCCUGGUGCUCGCCCUGGUCCGCCUGUGCUCCCACCUCUGCGGCAUGGCUGAGAAGGGCGUCCGCGGCCGCUGGCGAAAACCGGGCACCUGGCUAGAGCUGUCCGUCACUGGAAUGUGCCUCGCCUGCUGCGCAGCCUCCAGCCACUUGGCCAUUCUUGCUGGGGAGGUGACCAACCAGUUCCACAAAGGGUUUUUCCAGGAGUUUGUGGACCUCAGUCUUGUGGCAUCAUGGAAUCAGGGGACGCGGCGGCUCCAGGGAGCCCUGUCCGUGCUGCUGACCCUGAAGUGCGCUCACCUUCUUGGCACGCGGGCCGCGGUGGCUCCCUGCUCCUUCGUGACACGUCACGCGCUGCCCGGCAUCUUGGCUUCCGGGCUGAGAGGUUCCUUCAUGACUUUUGCCCGAAAAAGAAAACCUUUCCAAAGCCAAUCUCUUGUGCAACUUAGAGACGCGGCUGCCUGCGUGUGGGGGACGGCCUGCACGCGGCCGGCGCAGGAGGGGACCGAGGCACGUGAGGGCCACCACCCCUGCCUGGACGAGUUUGCGUGUCUGCUGGAUGAGCUGCUGCUCAAGGUCACUGGCUGCUCCGACAGCCCGCGGUCGCCUCGUCCAGAACAGCGGCCUGGGGCCCCCCUAGAAGCCAGGCCGGAAGACCAGCCCUCGGCGAGGGCUUCUGCUGACCCAGCUACUGGGUGGGACCAGCGAGGGGACCGAGGGGCCCAGACGGAAAUCCCAGCCUCCCAGACACUCAGGAAGGUGUGGCCCGUGGCCGGGAUCCCCAGGAUGGCGGCCGAGCACAGUGAGGGUGGCGCCAUCGGAGCGGGGACACCACCACUCCAAGGGCGCACGGGACAGGAGGACGAGCCGGGCUCCAGGGCCAAGUGCGUUCUGGCGGUGGCUUCUCUGAGGGCCGGAGACUCUCUGCAGCCAGAGCACUCGUGGCCACACGUUGGGGUGGCCGUGAGUGGCAUCCCCCGGCGACAACGAAAACCAGAGGUGCCUGCCACUCAGACUCACCCAGCACCUCCCCACCCCGUAACCACCGCCACCCGGAGGCGGCUCCCGCGUGCAGAGGUCGGCAGCCGGGUGAACACAGGGCGCCGUGGGCGGGACGCGGGACUGCUGCCCCAGGAUGUGGAGGGGCUGAGAAGGCUGAAUUCUCGAAGACGUGACCGCACCGUCAGCCAGCGGCUGCUGGAGAAGAAGCUACUGCCUGUGCUUAGUGUCUUCCUGGCCCUGCUGUCGGGCCAGGAGCAAGGAAAGCCGAUCGUCAGCGUUCAGGAAUAUGCUGCGUCGGAGCGCAGAGGGCAGAGGCCUGUGCGGGCACGGCCGUGCCACGGAGUGACAGUGAUCGGGACAGUGCCGGCCGAGACGGUGCGAAGCUCUCGGCGCAAUGCCGCGCGCACAGCUCAUGAAGUUAGGAAACGGGCCAAGAUUCAAGAGACGUUUUACCGAAGAGAACGUGCCGAUGGCAAUAAACGCAUCAAGGACACAGACGUCGCCGGCCACGAGGGCAGCGCAGAGUCAGACCACCGCGAGAUGCCACCACAGACCCACGGGAACGGCGAAAACAGAGCAACACCAAAACGGGGGCUGAACCCCCUGCGUGUGCAGCUGUCACCGGGCCCUCGUGUCACCCCGCGGGCACUGGGGCUCGGGAGCCCGUUCGAAUGCGCUGGCACGCUGGCUGCUGCUCUGGCUGGGCAUAAAAGUCCUAUACCCCCGACCCGGGAAGCUCACACCUUCCGCCAGCACCCGCGAUGGGGUGGCCUGGCUGGCUGGUUUGACGUGCGUCUUGCUUUUCGAUGGCCUUGGUCCGUCUCAGACUCAGAGCACAACCUCACACUCCCCCCAGAUGCGGACGCUGGUUCUCAUGGUGGCAGCGUGGACACUUCAAACAUAAACGUGGAUCUACUCGGGUCUGGGACCGUGGACAGACUCAGCUCCAGCUCCGACUGUGGACGCAAUGAGGGCACCGGGGUGUGGGCCCUGGCCGUGCCCGGGGACAGUGCUGUCCAGCAGAGUGAGGGUGACGGUGACUUCAGCGAAGGAGGAGACACAGACAGCGAAGCCCACGAGAGCUUUCCUGGUAGUCGGGACGAAGCUUCCAGGGAACUCAGGAGUCAGUCGGGGUCCGCAGGGCUCCAUCGGCCCCCUUCAGCGUCACGGGAAGGCCCGGCUACGCCCACCUGUGCCGUGGGCCUCAGGAGACACGAAGGCGAGAGGUCCCUGGGCCGGUGCCCUGUCUGCCUUACGGUCUCUGUGCACGUCGCAGCCUCGGUCUGUACUGGCCGCCAUGGCAGAGGCCACGCAGGACUUGCCUCGCAGUCUGGAAGCCGGAAGUCCAAGGUGUCGCGGGCGGGUCCCUCCCCCGGCUGA